GAGCCAGAACCUCCCUCCUUCUGCCCAGAGAGUUUAUUCCCACCACAAACUCCAUUUAAAAAUUGCACAAACAGGGACUCUAUGCUCACCAGUUUCCCCACCUCUUGUGCCAUGGGAUAUUUAGUUGAAUUUGGGUGGUUUAUUCUCCUGGUGGCAGUUGUAAACAUUGAGGCUCAAAAGCAGCCCUUAAAUAUCCAAUCCAAAUGCCUGGGGACCGUCAUGCGUGUGGACCUCGGUCUACUUGGAGGAUAUCUUCUUGAAGUGUCUGCUGUCCAAAAUAACUCUGCAAUCCUCCUCACACCAAGUUUAGCUGCUCAGUGUGGCUUCAGGAUAGAGAUAGACCAGCUGGGGAACGCCAAGAUUUACGCCUCCCUUCAAAACUGCUUUGCUCAAAAUGUGGGCGAUAAAGCAUUCACAACAACAUUAAACCUUCAACUGCGCGGCAACGGGAUGUUUGAAGACGAGCUGUACCAGGUGGCUGAAACCUGCCACUAUACCGCCUGGGCUUCCAGGGAAAUUGUGUGUGACCGCGACUAUAUGCAGGUGUCUGUGAAAAGGGCAGCUCCAGAUGAUUACACCCUGCCUGAACAUCCUGUGUCAGGGUCGCAGCCCAAGUUUGGUGAUCUGCGACGAGACUCUGAGAAAAAGCCAAUCGAUUCAGGAUUCAGAAUCACAGCCAUGGUGUUCUUCACUCCAGAGGAGCGGGUGAUGAAGAUGAGCGAGGCCAUGAGCAGAGGUUACGGCAUCUCAAACACCCCGACCAGGCUCGUCCUGCGAAGCCCCAAGACUUCACCUGAAACAUACACCCAGGAUGUAGCAGGUAUACCCAUGACGGUGCUCAGAACCUCAACGCAAUUUCAAAAGAAGUGGAUGGCGACUCACAUCGAGGCAGAAGCUGCUUGCCCGAUACUGGAAGGAAGUGUUUCCUUCACGCCACACUCCAUCAGCUGGUUCCUGCCGAGGCACAUCGACCCUCUGAUCUCCUCCGGUCAGUUUCAGCUGCUGGAGGUGCACAUGGGCGUUGACGGCGAGAGGCUGGACGGUGCAGAGAUGGACGCCAGGCAGUACUCGCUGUCUGUCAAUGACAUGCACAUCAUCCUCGAAAUUCCUGUCGGGGCUGUCGGUGGCCACUUUAAGAGUCAUGUUCAGGACGGUCAGUACUUCGCUUCUUACACCAUCGAGCCGAUGCUCGAGCUACUCUGGACUGAAGAAACCACUCACGAGGACACGAAAUACAAAGUCCUGCUUCCCUUCACGACACCGUUAAUGCCUCAAUCUCCGCAAGUUAUUGACAACACUGUUCCUGAGGAGCGGAUGUUUAAGGUGGCGCUUGGGCCUUUCAGCUCUGAUGUGGCUCUAAUGAACAUCACCGUCCCCUCCGGGGUUUUGUCUGUGGCGGACUCGGCUGCCAGAGGCCUGAACCUCCUCGAGCACAUGUCCCCCAACAGCAGCUCAAAGGUCUUUACACUUGACGUGCCCUUCACGGACCAGCUCGUGCUACAGAUGAAAGGAACAGCGAUCACAGUCUACAAUCUUGACGUGACUUUUGGCCUGCUGGUGCUGCCGGAGUUUUCUCCGUUUUCUCACACUGUUAAUCUGCAGGCCGAAGUAAUGGACAUAGUUAAUCCCUCUGUCUCUGGUGGCUGUGAUUAUCAAAACUUCUUCGUCCUGGUGAACUACGGGAGCCACGGCUACAACUUUGACACCAUAGUGGGAGGGCAGGUGUUGACUGCGGAGCUGGCUCAGCAGUACGGCUUCGUGGACAACGGCACACACGGCAGUUUCAAUGUACCGUUCACUUCCCCCAACAUCGCGGUCGAGGCCAUUGAGUCGUCGUCCAUCAGGAGCAGACUCGAUGUGGCUCUGAGGAAUCCAGAAACCAACAAAAAUAUCAAAGAAUUCUCCAUGGCUUGCAAUUUCGUCUCAACAAUGACUGAGUGUUUCCCUAAUGGGACCAUGACGGCUCUGGCUAUGAAAGUGGAGUCGGUUCCCAGUCUGAACCCGGGUCAGCUCACCCUCAGAGACCCCGCCUGUAGUCCCUCCUACAGCAACGACCAGUACGCCUAUUUUGUCUUUACUGUAAACUCCUGUGGGACGACCAGAAAGUUUUUGCACAAUAUGAUGAUGUAUGAAAAUGAAAUCUCCCUUCCGGAUGAACUCGAAGGGAAAAGGAAUUCAAACGCUGAGGAGCCGGAGUAUGAGUUAAAGGUUUUCUGUUAUUACGACAUCAGCACAAAUCAAGCUGUGGCCUUCCACACCAGACCUCGCAGGAGCGAACCAUAUGCUGAAAACUCCAAAGGCGAGCUGCAGGUUGAAAUCCGACUCGCUACGGACGACUCCUACAGCACGUUUCACAGGUUCGAUGAUCCGAUCGCAAAGUACCUUCAACAGCCGCUGUACUUUGAGGUGGAACUGAUGAGGUCUUUAAACCCAGAGGUGUCUCUGGAGCUGGUGAACUGCUGGGCAACUCUGGAGGACGACAGGACGUCCCUUCCCAGAUGGGACCUCCUAGUUAACGGCUGUCCAAACCCAAAGGACCCGAACCACGUGAUCUUCCAUCCUGUUCUGCCUGAUACCAGAGUUCAGCAUCCUACUAACGUCAAACGCUUUGAGGUCCCCAUGUUCGCCUUCGCAAAAGACCAAGAUAACUUGAAUGACCAGGUCUUCGUCCACUGUGACGUGGUUGUCUGUGAUCCCAGAAAUCCAAUGGACAGAGCUUGUUAUAGACAAUGUUCAAACCAGGACAACAGGAUCAAGGGUCAAAAACGUGCUGUUUCAGAUGGCGACAGUUUCAUACCCGUGUCUUCAGGACCCAUACUUAUCACAAAAUCAUAAUAAAACUUUACAAGACCCCA